AUGUCGUUAUACAAAUUAAUCACACCAAAGGCAUUUUCAGAGUUACUACACAAGGAAACCACUUGUAGAGUUAUUCCAGUUGAUGCAACAUGGUUUUUGCCAAACUUGAAAAGGGAUGGUAGACAAGAGUUUAAGGAUAUUGAGCGUAUUCCAGGUUCAGUCUUUUUUGAUAUUGAUUAUAUUAAAGAUCCUAACUCAAAGUAUACCCAUAUGGCACCAGAUUCAAAUACUUUCAAUAAGUCAAUGAGAGAGUUGGGUAUUAAAAAGGAUGAUAUAUUAGUAGUAUAUGAUAGAAAUGGGAACUUCAGUGCUCCAAGAGUUGCUUGGACUAUUGCUUUGUUCGGCCAUUCCCCAAUUUACUUGUUGAACAACUUCCAAUUAUACAAGAAUGAAGGCUAUCCAAUAGAUACCACAAAGAAGAGUGCUUUCUCAGAAUACCCAAAAUCAGAUUAUACAUCAGAAGUAGAUUUACGUUCAAAGGAGAUUGUAUCGUAUGAAGAAUUAGUAGAGUUGGUGAAGUCAGGUAAAUUAGCCUCCGAAUACAAUGCAUUUGACGCUAGAUCAUUGGGAAGAUUUGAAGGUAGAGAUCCAGAGCCAAGAGCUGAUAUGCCAUCUGGCCACAUAUCUGGAAGCGAUCCAUUACCGUACCCUGAAGUUCUAAACGAAGGUGUAUUCCCAUCAACUGAAGAAGCUAAUAAGGACAAAUUAAAUGAAGCCUUUAAGAAGCUAGACAUAGAAUUUCAUGCAGAAAAACCAACUAUCGUGAUGUGUGGUAGUGGUGUUACUAGUAUCAUUAUCAAGACAGCAUUAGAACAAUCAGGUGCCAAGGAUGUCCGCUGUUUCGAUGGUUCCUGGAUAGAGUGGGUCUCUAGAUCUGAUCCAUCAAUGCUUGCGGUAAACAGAGAUUAG